AUGACGUUCCAUCUCACGCAAAUGGUAACGGGCCAUGGAUGCUUUAACGAGUAUUUAUAUAGGAUUGGUAAGGCUGAAUCGGAACGUUGCUCCCACUGUAGGGUAGAGAUUGACACCGUGAAGCAUACCUGGGAAGAGUGCAUAAGUUGGUCAAGAGAACGUGAGAUUUUAAGACUCAAACUAGUGCUGGAAUCGGUUACCAUGAAAUCAGCAGUUGCUGCUAUGAUUACGGGUCCUGAUGAAUGGAAAGCAGUUGCGCAAUUUGCGGGCAGGAUCCUUUUACAAAAGGAGGAAGCAGAACGUGAGCGGCAAGGGCAGGUUGCCUUACCAGGAAGACGCAACAGAAGAAGGAUGACAAAUUUACCUAUUGUUAAUGCAUAA